GUUCGCGUAGCCUCGAACUCUAGCGGUUACUUCCUGUCACAGAGAGCAAACUAGGGUUGUUCAAGCAGUCGCAGAGAGAGAGAGAGAGAGAGAGGUAUGGGUAGCGCGGUGGAGAAGACGGAGGAAGAGCUCCGCAAAGAGCUCGAAGAACUCUACCGCCAACAGCGCGAGAUUACAGAGCGGCUUCGCGAUCCAAGGGGUCUCCGCCGCGGAGGGUUAUCGGGACCCGCUGGUCCUCGGAAUUUCGCUGCCAAUGGCGGCCGCCAACGUGGAUUUGUCAGACCGGCUGAAGGGACUGAUUCUGAGGACCAGCCUCCGCCGAAAAGGCGUCUCUCUUCGGCUAUAGUCAAGACGGCUGAGGAUGGAGAGAUUUCCGAGGAUGGUAACGAGGAUGCAAAGAAUGGAAAAGAGAAGGAUAUAGCAGUGGACGGCAGUAGUAACAGGCUCACAGAAAUUCAGAACGAGAGAAAGCCAUUCAAUAAUUGGUCAAGGAGGGAUGGCAAUCAUAGGCCAUCUAAGUUGGACUAUGAGGUGCCCCCAACUGAGCAUGUGCCGCGCAUGUUGCCAAAAAAUGAGGACCCAAGACUGGUUAACAGGAAUAGAAGAAUGCUUGGACAGCUUUUGGGGACUUUGGAGAAAUUCAGAAAAGAAGACAUGAAACUCUCGGGGACAGAGGCAUACAUGAGGAGGUCUAAUUCUUUACAAAUAGCUGAGCAAAGGGCUCGAGAAGAAAGUGAGAGGCUGAGGCAACAGGAGCGUGAACAAAUUGCAGAGAAAAGGAGAAGGGAUUUGACUCUUAGGGCUCGUGUUGCCGCAAAGGCAGAGGAAAAGAGAUUGGAGUUGCUGUUCCUUCGGUGGAGUGGGCACCAAAGAAAACUUGGCAACUUUUUAAGGACUAAGGCAGAGCCUCCUAUAUACUACUCAUUUGCCAAGCCAAUGGAUGAGGAUGUGGCAUUGGCUGAGCAGCGGAAGGAACAGGCAUUUCAAGCGUGGAAAGCUGCAAGGAGAGAGGAAUUAUCUCAGUAUGAGAAGCAAAUUGGGGAGCAGUAUCUUGCCAAUGUUGAAAAGGAUCUGGAGAGGUGGCAAAAUGCAAGAAAGGCUAGGAAACCGAACAAUGAUAUGUUGAACUUACAGGAGACAAUGGACAAAGAACUGGAGACCCACAGGCUUGAGCAUGGCCCCAAGACAAGAAAGAUACCCGGUGGAAGCAACAAUGAAGAUGAGGAAGAUGUUGAAGAUAUAAACGCUGGGGAGGAUGAUAUGAUGGAUGAUGUGCUGGAUGUUGAUGAGAACAGGAGGGUAGAUGAAACCAUAAAGGCUGAAGCAGGUAAUGGUAGCCCAGUUGAUAAUACAGAUCAGUAGCUCAUGCAGCAUUCUGUUCUUCCUUUUGGUCUUGCUAUUCCAUAUAGGUCUGGUUUGCACGUUGUCAUUUUGUUUAUUAGUAUAGGAUGCUAUAGGUCAUGUCUUUGAAGUUUGGAUUUCAUUUCUCCUUCACUUUUGCUAUGUUUGCUCAUCUUUUUAUUUGGUGACGAGGGACUAUAAAUUAGUACUUGGUUUUGUGCGAUAA